UCAUUCUUUUUCCCGGUUUGUUAGGUCAGGUCAGCUACAUUAUAAAUACUUAAAAACUAAACAACCAUUAAAAUUAAUUUUUAUUAUUUUUAAUGACCGUUCAGUUUCAAAGUAUUUAUACUGUAGCUGACCUGACCUAAUCUACCUUUGUCCCGUUUUGUUAGGUCAGGUCAGUUACAUUAUAAAUACUUAAAACUAUACAAGUAAAAUUAAUUGAUAUUAUUUUUAAUUUCCGUUUAUUUUGAAGUAUUUAUCAUGUAACUAACCUUACCUAAUGGAAAAUUUCUGUUAUUUAGGCAUUCACGCACACACGGCAAAAUAUAAAAUGGCGUCUGUUGAAUGAUUACAUAGGGCUUGUAUUGCAAAAUAAGAACGGCGAUAUCUCCAAAAGUAAUUGGAAUUUUUAAUCUCCGCAGGCAAUUUUGAAAAUAGGACGUAAAAGAGCAUAUAAUGAAACUUAUUUCAUAUUUGUACGAUUUUUUUUGGCGCUAAUCCGUACAAUACAGAUUUACCCAAAUUGUACUUUCUACGAUCAAUGUUGUAUUUAAAUUAAAAUUUAUUUAUAAUUUUAAACGUAAUUCUUACUCCAGAAGGUACUUUAUCUCGGUUUUAAGCCACUGCAACUUCGUUUAAAUGUUUGUCAAGUUUGCGUUUUUGUAUAGCAACUAGGGCAUUUCUGAAUAAAAAAAACGUAGAACUGCAAUAGCAUUGAGUGUCCACUCUGUACUAGUACUUUAUUUACUCUAUGCUUCAGGCCACUCGCUGCCACGGUCAUAUCUCUGUCUGCGAUCUCUCGCUCUCAUCUCCACCCCAGCACUACCUGGUGAACAUGAUUCACAAAUCACAACCGCGACCUUGAAGCUUGCACUUAAAUGUAUAGCACUAUAUGAGAGUGUGGUGGACAUAGAGAAAUAACACACAAUUGCUGUUUGUAUGUCUAUGAGCCUUUGUCCUAUAAAAAAUCUUUUCAUUUGAAAAAACAAAUAUUUAGGUCAUUAAUUGAGAUAAAAACUAUCCUACCCCUCAAGUUGGACUAAGUUACGUAUAUGUGCAAAAUUUCAUUAAAAUUGGUUAAGUACCCAUACAGCACACUUGGUGUAAGAAACGUCGCAUCGACGUGGUAAUGUCGAAAUGUGGUCACGUCACCAAAACCGACGUCGAAUCGACGUGGUCUUUGAAGCCAUGAAGUAAGUGUACAGCUACCGGCAGACGUCUGUGCAUGCCUGAGCGGGGGGAAGCGGGGUAACGAAUGCGAGAGGGGAAGAUAUGGGCGCGCAGGUCAGAUUAGUCUAACAGCUGUUGUACAAACAUUAGCCACCUCUAGUUUAGUCACGUGGAAGGCUAUGGAGGGUAAAGGACGGUCACAGCGUUACGGGAAAGUUAUUCACAGCAGUGAACGUGUAAUUAUAAAGUCGGUGAUUCAGUGUUGCGAUGAAGAGGCUAAAAGAGGCUGUCUUCUGGAGCCGCUUCAAUGGGCAACAGCAAAAGCUGCGAAAUAUACCGGAGUUAGUGAAAGAGCCAUAUGCAGUAUGUGUAAAGCCAUCAGAGACCGUCCAAACGAGCCCAAACGACCCCAGGAAAAAGCAGGCCCAAAACGAAAGGCUGCAUUGAGCUGGACAGUUUCGACAAGAGAGUUAUACGAGACACAAUAGAGGAAUUCUAUACCACGAAAAAGAUUGUUCCAACAAUAGGUAAACUAAUGCCUGUUUUACAUGGGAAAAUUGCAUGGCAGUGGAGUGAGAGAUCACUGAGAAGAAUCCUUCACGGUAUGGGAUUUGUGUGGAAGAAGUGUCAGAAGAAACGUUCUUUACUUAUUGAACGUAGUGACAUUGUGAUGUGGCGUUCGAAAUAUCUUACGGAAAUGAGGCAAUUAAGAAAAGAAGGCCACAAAAUAUUUUACUUUGAUGAAUCGUGGAUUGAUACAAACUUGACUAUGAAUAAGUGCUGGCAGAAAACCGACUCUGUGAAAGGUAUUUUGACGCCGGGAAAUGCGUCGAACAGAUUGAUAAUUGUGCACAUUGGUUCCGCGAAUGGUUUUCUGGACAAUGCUCUUUUGGUUUUUAAAGCCGGUGCUGCAAGUGGCGAUUACCACGGGCAAAUGAAUGCGGAAAAUUUUGAAAAAUGGUUAGUAGAAAAAGUUAUUCCUAAUUUACCUCCUGCUUCGGUAAUUGUUAUGGACAAUGCCCCGUACCAUUCAAAACAGCAAGACAAGUGCCCAUCAAAUUACGCAACAAAAAAUGACAUUAUCGAGUGGUUGAACCGGAAAGGCAUAACAUGUGACUCAAGCAUACGUAAAGUUACGCUACUUGACUUGUUGGCUCAACACAGGCCAAAAGAAAAGAUAUUUCGAGUGGAUAAACUUUUAAAACAACAUGGCCACAAAGUACUUCGUUUGCCACCGUACAUGUGUGAUCUCAAUGCUAUUGAGCGGACUUGGGCAAAAAUAAAACAGCAUGUUCGCGAGCGGAAUGUAUCUGGAGAAUUGUCAUUGCAAGCUCUCCUGAAGUUAACUACAGACGGAGUUGAAAAUGUAAGUAAAGAUGACUGGGAAGGCUACGUGAGACACGUUGAGGAAAUAGAAGAUUAUUAUUGGAAGAAGGACUGUGUAAUGGAAAUUGCACUGGAUGAAUUUGUUAUUCAUCUUGGUGAAGAAAGCACUGACGAUGACUUGUCCAUAGAGGCCAGUGAUAGUGACGAUUGUUGUAGUGCCGGUUCACCAUUAGCAAAACCGCUUUAACAAUGGUUUGCAAUGUGCAAAAAAAACCUUCUAUAAAUUAUGUU